CUGAUCGUAUGCUCGACACAGGAUUUGAAGAAGAUGUUCGUAAUAUCAUUUUAAAAACACGAGAAGAUCGUCAGACUGUAAUGUUUUCUGCAACUUGGCCUGAAUCUGUUCGUAAAUUGGCUAACGAUUUCCUAACUAAUCCAAUUCGAGUUACUAUUGGCUCACAAACCCUAUCCGCAAAUAGAAAUGUUACCCAAAUAGUAGAAGUAAUUGAUGAUCCAUCAGAAAAAGAUCGUCGACUCGUAACGCUUUUAGAAAAGUAUCAUAAUCGAAAGAAUAGAGUUUUAAUAUUUGUUCUUUAUAAGAAAGAAGCAUCACGUGUUGAAAACAUGUUAGCGCGUAAAGGAUAUGAAGCACAAUCUAUUCAUGGCGAUAAGAGUCAAUUUCAACGUAUAGAAGCAUUAAAUGCAUUUAGGGAUGGAAUUUAUCCGCUUUUGAUCGCAACUGAUGUUGCAUCAAGAGGAUUAGAUAUUCCUGAUGUAAGAUAUGUAAUUAAUUACACGUUUCCGUUAACUAUAGAAGAUUAUGUUCAUCGCAUUGGACGAACUGGACGCGCAGGCAAUAAGGGAAUUUCUCAUACUCUUUUCACAUCUUGCGAUAAAGUACAUUCAGGCGAACUCAUUAGAAUAUUACGUCAAUCAAAUCAACAAGUACCUGAUUCACUACUUCGUUUUGGUACUGGUAUUAAAAAGAAAGAACAUAAAGCUUAUGGAGCUUUCUAUAAAGAAAUUGAUUAUAAU